AUGACGACAGCGCGACAGAGAGGGGAGAGGAAUAUCGGAGAGAGGGAAGACGGGAUAAGAGAGAGGAUGCAGAGCAAGAGAGAGACAUGGAAGGACACAACAGUUCUAGAGGAAUGGCUCUGUGAUGCAGCAAUAAGAGGGGAUGUAGAUUCACUCAAGGAAAUAAUGACAAUAGAUGGACACAUUCUGCAUAAAGUUUUGGUCGGAAAUUUCAAAGGGAAAAAUCCUCUUCACAUUGCUACAUCAACAGGGCAAACAAAAUUUGUUGAAGAACUUUUGAAUUAUAAACAAGAUCUUGCUCAUGCUGUAGACAAGGAACUAGGCACGGCCCUUCACAUAGCAUCCUCUAAGGGGCAUUUAGAUAUUGUGGAACAUUUAGUGAAAGUUAGCCCUGAGAUGUGCGUGGCUCGUGAUCGAGAAGGUAAUAAUCCUCUUCAUAUCGCUGCCAUGAAUGGUAAUGACGAAGUAUUGAAGGUGCUGCUUCGAACCAACCCCCGCGCAGCUCUACUUUUGGUGGAUCGAGGUGACAAUAUUUUGCAUUUGUGUGUAAACUAUAAUCAACUUGCAAGUCUGAAACUACUGCUAGACGUGAUUGGAGAUGAAUUCGCAAGUUCUACUGAUGUUAACGGCAACAACAUAUUGCAUCUCGCUGUUUUUGGUAAACGAUGUGAGAUUAUCAAAUAUCUGCUACCUGAGAGGCCGAUGAAAGAAAAAAACGAAGGCAGUGAGCUUGGUCAACUAAAAGAUGUGAAUGCAAGAAAUGGAAGUGGGUGGACAGCGUUGGAUAUUCAUUCCCGAGUAGUAGAGAGUGAAUCUGAGAAGAGUGAAGAUGAGAAGAGUGAAUCUGAGAAGAGUGAAGAUGAGAAGAGUACGUCCUAUCAUGAUAUCGGAGACGUCCUACGUGCUUCUGGGGUUAAUAAAUCCGACAAACUUUUUUUCCCAUUUGAUCCCUAUUGGGAGAAGAAGAAAAAUGAAACAUUAAUGAUUGUAUCAUCGCUGAUGGCGACGAUUUUAUUCCAAGUCGGGAUCAUCCCUCCCGGCAGUGUUUGGGCCGACAGUUCACCAGAACACAAAGCCGGAAAAGCUAUAAUUGCUUACACCAAUCCCAGAGCGUAUUCCUACUUAAUGUUUUUCAACACGGUAGGAUUCCUUUUGUCUUUGACUACAAUCUUCGAGCUCAUUGUCGUUCUGCCAACGAAAAUAAAGGCUUUUGGGUUUAUCCGAGCUGGGGUCUCGUGGUUGACAAUCAUGAUCAUGGCGUUCGCUUAUACGUUUUCCGUCUUCAUUGUCUCGCCCACGGAGAUGUAUAAGUCUGUAAACCUUGUCAUUUUCGUUACUGCUAUAGUGUGGGCUGUUGGGAUAUCAUUUCUCCACGUACUACCAUACAAGGUUCAAUCCAAACUACUUGGCGUGAUAGUAUGCCCACUAAAUGCGACAGUUAAGGUGCUACUAUGUUUUGCAAGAAUUUUGUUUGGAUGUUUCGAAUGUUGUUUUGGCUGUUUGGCUGUAUGUUUAGCCUGUUUGGCUGCAUGUGCUACCGCACCAGCAUUGGCAACAAUUUGCAAGUGGGCUGCAGAUUCGGAAUCACCACCAAGUACUCCUACUGUCCAGUCGGCUGGAGAUACGGCCUCACCACCAAUUGGUGCAGUUAGCCAGAACGACUCGAGGAUUGUUUCGAUUCAGGAGUAA